AGGAAAAAAAAAAAAAAAAAAAGAGGUAAAGUGCAACCGGAAGUCCGAAGUUUGAAGCUUUUUUUGCUUUUUCCUUUCUUGUUUCGUUUGAGACGGAGAGUCGAUUCUUCCGACAGGGUUUCUUCGUCUCCCUCAACAUUCUGCCUGACGUUGUCGUUUUAGAUUAAGCUUUAUAGCAUCACAGAAAAGAUGUUUAAGAACACUUUCCAAUCUGGGUUUCUUUCAAUUCUCUACAGUCUUGGGAGCAAGCCUUUGCAGAUAUGGGAUAAAGAAGUUGUCAAUGGCCAUAUAAAACGACCUCAAGAUGAAGAUAUACAAUCCAAUGUCCUUGAAAUAGUUGGAUCAAAUAUCCAGUCCACAUACAUCACUUGCCCAGCAGAUCCAGCCGCGACACUUGGUAUAAAACUGCCAUUCUUGGUUAUGAUAGUAAAAAACCUGAAGAAAUAUUUCACAUUUGAGAUUCAAGUGUUGGAUGAUAAGAAUGUGAGGCGACGAUUCCGAGCUUCUAAUUUCCAAGCUAUCACCCGUGUGAAGCCGUACAUCUGUACCAUGCCGCUGAAAAUGGAUGAAGGGUGGAAUCAAAUCCAGUUGAAUCUGGCUGACUUUACAAGGAGAGCCUACGGAACAAACUAUGUGGAGACAUUGCGAGUUCAGGUUCAUGCGAACUGCCGCCUGAGGAGGAUAUACUUUUCCGACCGCCUGUACUCAGAAGAGGAACUUCCUCCUGAAUUUAAGUUGUACCUUCCAAUGCAGCAGAGAGCAUAGGGCUAUCCGACAAAGAGGCAAAAUAUUUGGAGCUGGAUUGGACUAGACUCCCAACGUUCCAUCCUAAGCUAUAUCUGUUGUUGUUCUAACAAAGAUUCUGCCAGUUCUUCUAGAGCUUCUGGUCAUAUCAUGGGAACAUUUGAGCUAAUCUCUAGGGAAUUUUCUUUCUUAGGUCUUCAAGAUUUUCAGCAGUACAUGUAUACACGCUUGUUGUUUAACAUGUAUACACGCUUGUUGUUUAAGAUAUUCAAGUAUUAUUUUUUAUACCACUUUUGCUGCUUUUCUGUGGCAACCAAUACUAGUAUAUGCGCAGUUUGUGAUGGGUGCCCUCACUUAGCUUAA